GCGCCGUCGAUGUCCGUCUCCGACCUCGCCAAGCCGGUCCUGUCAUCGCACAGACGAGGAGCUCCAAUGCAGAUCGCGGAGAUCUCCGGGGGGCACAAGCACGCUCACGGUGCGGCGGUGGAGGUGCAGCCGGGGAAAGGAACGGUCGGCCUGCCGUCGCGCGCGGAGCUCGCGAACGCUCGAUUCGUCUCCGCCAUCGGCUUCCUCGUCGGGGGAGGGGCGCUGUGCUUCGCGUCCAUCUGGGCUUGGGAAGCGAAGUUCAACCGGAACUUCUGAAGGGCACGGAGGGACGGAAAUCCAUUUAUACCAACACGUAAAUAGUGUAGAAAGCAAGUUGUAAUGUCGGUUAGACGCUGUAUCUCGA